GUUGAUUUUGACUUUGACAGCUCGUCCAAUCUAUUUGUAAACUGUCCUUUAACAAUAAUAUUCCAUUGGUUUGCCGAGGGAAAAAUCGAAAACGACGUGUGAACAACGCAACAAAUAUCAUUUGGAUAAGAAUAUGUGCUUUGUAGUUGAUCAAUGCAUUUUAUGCAUAAAAAGUGAUCAAGAAAUUAUUCGGAUAUUCAGUGGACGGGGUCGAGAGUUGAAAAUAGCCGAAACAUUGGCUGAUCACUUUUGGUUUCGGGUGGAAGAUUUUAACAAUGAACCAAAUGGAAUAUGUUUAAAAUGUUGGGAUAAAACGCUGGUAUUCGAUCAAUUUUACAAGUCAGUUCAAGCGGCACAUUUGUUGCUAUUGAAUUCCAAAUAUAAAUGCCAUGAGCUUGAAAAUAUUGAAAUAAAAAGUGAAAUUAUUGGUACGGACGAUAUAUUAUCAACUGAAGAUGUCAUCGUUGACCACUCAACCUGUGAUUAUGGCACAUCAAACCACGAAGACGAUCAAAAUGCCAUCGAACAAAAAGACACAAACGCUCUCGAAUCACCGGUUAAAAAAUCGAAUUUGCUCCUAAGGGAACGAGGCUCAACAAUUGAACGGGAAUCGACAAUUGACAGACGAAAAGCGGUAGCACUCAAAAGAGAACCACCGGCUGAAGAAAAGCAUUAUACACCGCUGGAACUGGAAAUGGAAGCCAAAACGGCCGAUUAUUUCCAAAUGAACUGUGACUUAUGUUUGCAUCAAUUUGACUCGUGGAACGAUGCCAGAACGCAUUACCUAGACGAACACAAUGUUUUAAAGCCAUUCUUGAGAUGUUGCAAUCGAAAGUUUUUCCUACGCAGUCGAAUUAUCGAGCACAUCACAUGGCAUGUCGAUCCGAGCGCAUUUCACUGUACCAAAUGCCCGAAGAAAUUCCAUGAGAAAAGAACGUUGACCGCACACACGUUGCGGCAUUUGGAAGACGAGAAACGUAGUUUUGAGUGUCAUCAAUGUCAUAAACGAUUUUCAAGGCAACACAUCUUGAACCGUCAUUUGAGCGAUGUGCAUCCGAUCGGUGAUCAGAAGUUCAUUUGUGGCAUUUGUAAAAAGAAUUUUAAAUCGGAUCACAUACUAAAAAUGCACAUUUUAAAAGUGCACGAGCGAAUCGAUCAACGGAUAUGUGAUGUAUGUGCCAAAGUGUUUAAAACAAAAGAAGGAUUCCAGGAUCAUAUGAAAACGCAGCACAUGGGCAUCGAAGAGCCUCGAGUACAAUGCACGUUCUGUGGGGCAUGGCUCAAAAAUCGUGGCACUUUGAAUAAACACAUGAAAAUCCACACGGAUUCACCGCAAGUAUGCGAUAUUUGCCAUAAAAUGAAACCAACCCGGACCGCGUUGAACCAUCACAAACGACUCGUUCAUGGGGACGCCUCAUUCCAUUGUACCAUUUGCAAAAAGACAUUCAAACGACAACUUUCUUUGACGGAGCAUAUUGCAUCGCAUACCGGUGAAAAUCUCUAUAAAUGUCCCUACUGUACGAAAAUGUUCAAAUCCAAUUCAAAUAUGCAUAAACAUCGGAAGCAGGUGCACUUUGACAAAUGGACAGCCGAUCGAGAGUCGAAGAAGAAUGCUUUAUUCACGAAUCCAUAAAUUGUCCACUGGCUUUUCGAUAAAUAAAUUUUGAAAUAAGAACUGA